AUGUCGGCGGCGAGAAGAGGCAAACAAUUAGGAGUAGAAGCAGAAGAAGAAGAAGCGGAAGAAACUGUGGUUUUGUUGUACCGGUUUAGGGCGGUAAGGGUAUAUUUCUUCGUCCUCAUCUCCUUCUUCCUCCUCCGCCGGCUCAUUGCCCCGACGUACACCGUUCGAACGAUCGCCCAUAUCGCUCAGUGGGUCUACGUUCCUUUCUUCAUCUACCUACAGCUCGGAUACUUCAACAUCCUUCAUCUUUCCAAGACGGCGGAGGAGAAGAAGAAAGGAGUAGUUGUUUGGAUGGUACAGUUGUUGUUGCCGGCGUCGAUGAGGACCGUCCAUACAAUGGAAUUUAGGCUUACAUUAUUCCUCCUUUAUAUAUUCACUGCCUUCACCAUCGCCAACCUGAUGGUGCGAUUCCGUGACCGUGACCGUGACCGUGACCAUGAGUCGAGAGAAGAAGAAUUAGGAGGAUGGGUAGACGAACCCGACGUCGUAUUCGCUCUCUCCUUAUUUGCCGGCUACUUCAUCGGGAUCAACAGAGGCAUCGGCUUUGUGCGGCAUGUCCAUUAUCGCAGGGAUUAUAAGUAUGGUGAUGAUUAUGAUGUUGAUAACAACUAUGAUGAUGGUGGUGAUGAUGAUUGUAAUGACUAUUUGUUACUGGGCAAGAGAAGACGGCCAAAGCCGUGUCCUCAAGCGGUAUAA